GCCUUGUGGCGGUGGCUGGUUAGCCGGCGGGUGUGUGAAGGGGGUCAGUCAGUGCGGCGGCCGCUGCGCCCACCGCGAUUCACCACCAUGAGCAGCACCUUAGCCAAGAUCGCGGAAAUCGAAGCCGAGAUGGCUCGGACGCAGAAGAACAAGGCCACAGCACACCACCUAGGGCUGCUGAAGGCUCGCCUGGCUAAGCUUCGCAGAGAACUCAUUACUCCAAAAGGUGGUGGCGGUGGUGGGCCGGGAGAAGGUUUUGACGUGGCCAAGACAGGUGAUGCUCGAAUUGGGUUUGUGGGUUUUCCAUCUGUGGGGAAGUCAACACUGCUCAGUAACCUGGCGGGGGUAUAUUCCGAGGUGGCAGCCUAUGAGUUCACUACUCUGACUACUGUGCCUGGUGUCAUCAGAUACAAAGGUGCCAAGAUCCAGCUCCUGGAUCUCCCAGGUAUCAUCGAGGGUGCCAAGGAUGGGAAGGGUAGAGGCCGUCAAGUCAUUGCAGUGGCCCGAACGUGUAACUUGAUCCUGAUUGUUCUGGAUGUCCUGAAACCCUUGGGGCAUAAGAAGAUAAUUGAAAAUGAACUGGAAGGCUUUGGCAUUCGCUUGAACAGCAAACCCCCCAACAUUGGCUUUAAGAAGAAGGAUAAGGGAGGCAUUAAUCUCACGGCCACUUGCCCUCAGAGUGAACUGGAUGCUGAAACUGUGAAGAGCAUUCUGGCUGAAUACAAAAUUCAUAAUGCUGAUGUGACUCUGCGUAGCGAUGCCACAGCGGAUGACCUCAUUGAUGUGGUGGAAGGAAAUAGAGUUUAUAUCCCCUGUAUCUAUGUGUUAAAUAAGAUUGAUCAGAUCUCCAUUGAGGAAUUGGAUAUCAUCUAUAAGGUGCCUCACUGUGUACCUAUCUCUGCCCAUCACCGCUGGAAUUUUGACGACCUGUUGGAAAAGAUCUGGGACUAUCUGAAACUAGUGAGGAUUUACACCAAACCCAAAGGCCAGUUGCCUGAUUACACAUCCCCUGUGGUGCUGCCUUUCUCCAGGACCACGGUGGAGGAUUUCUGCAUGAAGAUUCACAAAAAUCUCAUCAAAGAAUUUAAAUAUGCUCUGGUCUGGGGUCUCUCUGUGAAACACAAUCCUCAAAAAGUGGGUAAAGACCAUACGUUGGAGGACGAGGAUGUCAUUCAGAUUGUGAAGAAGUGAAACCUUCCCUUUUCCCCAUCUGCCGGACCAACCACAGCAGCUUUCCCCAUGACCAAGCACCCUACCCAAAACCCUUCUGGCUUUGGCAGCCACUGGAUCAGGAUUCAGGGGAGGGAGAUGAAGGUCCCCAAACUUCACUUGUAUUAACUUGGUGUCACCUUGUGUGUUGAACUGCAUAAAGGACCUUGUGGGCGA